AUGCCCGCUAAGAUGAACUCCAAGGCCGUUGCUGGCCGUGCCCGCAAGGCCGAAGCCGCUGAUCGCAAGCAAGCCGCUGCUGCCGAGCAGGCCGAAGCCGAAGAAGAUGUCAAGUGGCAACAAGGCUCCAAAGGCAAAUCGGCUGCCGACAAGCGCCAGGAGAAGGCCGAAGCUGAUGCCCGCAAGCGUGCCGAACUCAAGCGUCUCGAGGAGGAGGACGAUCGCGCUACCCCCGGCAAGCGCGGCGGCGGCGGCGGCGGCGGCAAGAAGAACGCAAAGAAGGGCCCCGACGACCUCGACAAGCAGCUCGCCUCGCUCAACGCGUCCAACAUGGACGACGCGAUCGAGGCGAUGUCGCUUGUGAACGAGCGCGAGGACUCGCGUGGCGCCGCCGCCGGUGCGCUCGAGAAGCACCCCGAGCGUCGCUUCAAGGCGGCGUUUGAGGCGUACAAGGAGCGCGAGCUGCCCAACCUGCGCGAGGAGCACCCCGGCCUGCGUCUGCAGCAGUACAACGACCUGAUGUACAAGCACUUCCAAAAGUCCCCCGAGAACCCCUUCAACCAGCUGCACAUCAACUACGAUGCCAGCAAGGACGAGAAGCUUGCCGUGCUCAAGGCCAAGCGCGAUGCGGCGACCGAGCGUCUUGCCGCCUAG